GUCAUUUACUUUUUAAUUAUUCAAUCGGAAUAAAAAUAUAUUUCUGCUUUCAGUCUGGUUCUUAUUCAUUAUUAUUGUAAUAAAACCAUUCUUGUAUUGAUGGAGGCUUCUUUAAAAAAAAGCAUUGUUUCUGCUUUUAAGAUGCAUGGAUUGUCACUACGAAGUGAUGCCAGCAACUACUUAACUGAAAUACUUACAGUUGUGAAUGCAGUUGAAAGAGAAGAUUGGAUCGAUAAAAUUUUAGACGAAGUUCAAAAACAAACUUUGUCAAGCAAUAUCAUUGACGCAGAUGUUAUAGAAAUUGCAAUCAAAGAAUGUAAUGCAGAAGAAGAUGGGGGUGAUCAAGUAUUCUCAGUGAUCAAUGCAUUUGAUAUUCCAAAAUAUACAUAUUUGACCGAAAAGAAAAAAUUUAUCAAAUAUUCUGAGGCAAAUGGUUGUGAUGCAAAAUUACUUUCCAAAGCCGAACACAAAGUAGAAUUAUUUCGUGAAAGAUAUCAAUUAUUACAUCAAAGAACAAUGAGGCAUAAAUUGUUCACUCCACCAAUACCAGGUAUGGAAGAUGAGGCAUCGAAAAAAUUCAAAUUAAGAACUGUUGAAUAUUUACUUGGUUGCUCUUCAAAAUUGAAAGAUAUUAUUGCUCUCGGAAUGUUAUCACAACUGAAAGAGAGAAAAUAUUUCUUAGAAGAUUUGACAGGAGCUGUUGAGUUGGACUUAUCACAAGCUAAAUUUCACUCUGGACUGUUUACUGAAAAUUGUUUUGUAUUGGCUGAAGGAUGGUAUGAAGAUAAUAUAUUUCAUGUAACUGCGUUUGGAUUUCCACCUCCUGAAUUAGCAAAAACAACCAGAGCAUAUUAUGGCAACAUCAACUUUUUCGGAGGAAAUUCAGAUGCGAGUUUGAAGUCGUCAACAAAAUUACAACAAAUAGAGAAAGAAAAUGAAGACGCAAUGAUUGUUAUUUUAUCAGAUGUCUGGUUUGAUCAGGAAAAGGUUUUGCAAAAACUCGAAACCAUGUUUAUAGGUUUUCAAGACGCUGCUCCAACUUGUUUUGUAUUUUGUGGAAAUUUUAUUUCAGAACCUUAUGGUGCAAAUCAUAUUGCAUUGUUGAAAGAAUCUUUUAAUAAUUUUAUGAAAAUAUUGUUGAACUUCCCUUCUAUAUGCCAAUCGAGUAAGUUUGUUUUCGUUCCAAGUUUGGAAGAUGUCGGACCAUCGAAAAUAUUUCCGAGACCUGCACUUCCUGAUUGUAUCGCAGAACCUUUCAUGAAGAAAAUUCCAAAUGCAAUUUUUUCCUCAAACCCAUGCAGGAUUCAGUACUGUACUCAAGAAAUCGUGAUAUUUCGUGAAGAUAUCAUUGGUAAAAUGAUUAAAAGCUGUAUUCGUUGUCCGACUGAACACAUUCCGAGUCAUUUUGUGAAAACCAUUGUUGCGCAAGCCCAUUUAUCACCACUACCUUUGUAUAUUAAUCCAAUAUACUGGCAACAUGAUCAAGCAUUACGGUUAUAUCCACUUCCUGACUUGGUAAUUGUUGCCGACAAAACAUCUGAAAUUUUUCAUGAAACUGUGGAACUAGACUGCACUAUUGCAAAUCCGGGAUCAUUCUCAUGUUGUGACUACACGUUUAAAGUUUACUAUCCAUCAUCGAAAACAAUAGAAGACAGCAAAAUAGAAGAUUAAAUUUAUUUUAUCAUUGCCAAUUCAUUUUUUACUAUUUACAAUAGAUAUUGUCACAUUAUACACA